AUGGAUCCAAGUUUAUAUCAACAACGUCAACAACAACAGAACCGUGUUCCUUAUGGGAAUCCUCAAGGACCAGCAACGGUAAUGAGUGCUGCUGCAUAUCCUCAACCGUAUAUGACAGCUAACACGGCAUAUUUACAACAAGGUACUGGCCUCAAUCCAAUGAUGUCAAUCCCUAGUCGUCCUGUAUACCAAGUACCUGUCGCCUCAGUAGCAUCCAUGACAGCAAAUGGUAGAUCAGCAACAAAAAGAGUUGCAUUAGGCUCAGGAACUCCUAUUCCAACACUUUUUUCAAAUAUAGGACAGACUCCUGGUCAGAAUCAACUUUAUACGGGUUUUCCUAGUCAACAAAUAAUAAAUGCUGGAAGGUCAACGGUUCCAACGCAGUCUUUUGUAAAUACUGAUAAUCAAAACAUGGAUAGUAAAUCCGCUUAUCUAAAUAAAUACCUUCAAUUGCAAGCAAAGUCCAUGGGAAAUAAUUUUAAUAAUCUGUUAAAUCAAAAUCAAUCCCCACAUCCACAACAAUCAAAUCAAGCGAUACAUAAUUCUAUUCAACAAGAAGACAGUCAGGUAGAUUGGUUAGAUUUGGGAGAUGAAGACGAUAUUCCGAUACAAAUUACGCAAACAUCGCAACAACGAGAAGAAACGGGUUAUAAUUAUUCUUCUAUUUCUUUGUCAACAAAUAACGUUUCCAGUAUUUCACAAAAUUUGUCUCCAAAAAAUAUUCAAAAUAAUUCUUUAGGAAUGUUACCCCGUUCGCCUAUUCCGUCAUCUGAUUCUAGUAGUCAGGCAUUGAUUUAUGGUAAUCAAAACCAGAGUCAAACAGUGUCACAAAUAGGACAAUUUUCUAAAAUGGUUUCAAAAGAUCAUUUGUCAACUUCGAAUUCAAUGAUAUCAAAUUAUUCUCAAUCAUCAACACGGUCUUCGAUAUCACCAGAAAUAACAUCUAAUUCUGGUAUUCAGAGUGCAAUCGUUGAUCAAUAUAACCAGUCGCCACGAUCAACAAUAGAAUCUGCGACGCUAACUUCGUUGAAAUCUAAUCCAUUUAUGAGUCAUAUAGAACCUAUGCAACGUAUAGCAUCACAAGAACAUCAAGGUGAAUCGUCGUCGAUUCUUCCUUCCAAUGAUAAUCCGAAUUCAUUUAAUGCGAACGUUCAAGCGACUUCUAUGCCGUCAAGAUUGACCUCUUCUACAGAUAACCCUAAAGAUAUUAACAAUCUCCCAACUAUAACAAAUUUUUCCCAACAUCAACAAACUUCACAACCAUUUAACGCAGAGAUACCUACUAAUCAGCCUUCUAAUCAAAUUGGAAAUAUUGCUCAAAGCAGUAUUGCUGAAAACGCUACACCUAACCUUCGUUUACCCGUUAGUAGUGGUAUAGCUGGACGUAGGAACAUUAAUUCUCGUCAAGUGUCUCGACAAUCCGAGAAAACUACAUCUGUAUCAGACAAUUUACCUUCAGCAUCCUCAUCAGUUCCUGACCAAACAACUUCAACACCAUCGACAAAAUCUAAGCCUCAAAAGGUAAAUUAUGCUCCAAAAACAAGAAAGGUGGACAGUUACGGUGGUCUUGAUUUGAGAGUUUUUGAAAAGUUCAAUUUGCCUUUGACUAUUCCUGGGAUUCAAGAAUUAGGUGCUGUAGACGUACAUGCUCUUACAAUGUCAUUAAAAUGUGGUAUGAAACUGGAAGUUACAAACGCUCUUAAUACAUUAACCACUUUAUCACAUAAAAAUUUGUUAGAGUUAAAGCAAUGUGGAGAAUUAAUUGAUGUAUUAUUUGAUAUGAUUUUGGAAUACGUUGAUUAUGUAUCUCUUAAUAAUAAUGAGGAAAUAGCAGAAGAAAGCAUAAUAUCACAACGAAAGUUCAAAUCAUAUCGAGAAUUAUAUCAAUUAUCUAAACAAGAGUGUGAAGAAUUUGCAUUAAGAGAUUCCAUUUCGGAAGAAUGGUUGCCACUUCAUGAACAAUGUUGGUGUGUAACAAAUAUGAUAAGGAAUUUUUCGUUCAAUUUUGAGAAUCAGGAAUAUCUUGCUGCACAUCCUCGAUUCUUGGCAGUUCUCAUGCGGAUUUUAUAUAUUGGAUGUGACGAUAAUUAUAUGAAAGAUACUUAUAUGAAAGAUAAAGCUAAUCGUAUAAAAGUUAUUCGAAAAAAAGCGUAUUAUAUUUUGGAAUUACGCAAGAGUGUUUUAAUUAUUUUAUCAAACAUUGCUGCAUAUAUACCUUUACCAUCUAUUUAUGUCGCAAGAGAUUUAUUAACUUUAAUUGGUGAUUUUAUGGAUAGCAUGGAUGAUUAUUAUUCUCAAAUUGCAUUAGAAGUAUUUGCUAAAUUGUCCGUCUCGUACGAUAAUAGACAACGGAUUGGUGGAUGCGAUGAAUCUACAUUAACAUAUUUUUUUAACUGUUUGAUACAAAUGCUUCCAAAGAUAGAAAAUAUCAUUCACGGUGGAGGAGGGCGUCUAAUGGCUCAAGAAUUACCUUAUUUAGCAACUUUAGUUAUGGCAUUUUAUAAUUUUGUAUGCCUGAGUGGGGAAGGAAUGAGGAAGAAAAUAAUCUCUACACCUGGGUUUAUAAAUAGGAUGCUUAGAAUGGCAAUAGCGUUAGCAGGUAUCCGUGAUAAUCGUGAUGAGGAUUGUAUUAUGUUAGCUAGAAGAGCUAUGGAGAUGUUAAAGGUCUUAGCCAAAGGAAAUGAGGAAUGUUUUCUUGUAUAUAAUGAACAAUUAUUACUUGCGUUAUUCACUCCAUAUAUAGAUCAUGUAGUGGUUAAAGAUUUGGAGAGUAUUAUGUAUCCUGGUGAUUUAUGA